AUGUAUCGACAUCCUUUCGUUUCACAUAGCGACACAUCAUUAGCUAUAGGUGCAGAUGCAACUCAUGUGAUUGUUCUCCCAUUUUGUAUUGCUUUUUCCAACAAAGGAAAACAAAAUCAAAUUUUCUUUUACGGACUUGCACUUUUCGUGGUCGCGUUUGGUGUUUCAUAUGCUUUAUUAGAGAAACGAUCAAAAACUUUACUCGCAAACUUCAAUUAUACUCAUCAAAUUCCGAUUGACGAUACAGGCUGUUUAAAUCUCAUUACCGAAGCUGUACUAUCAAAUAUGGUAUCCAAAGAAUUAAUACAAACACUUGAACCAUUGAUAGAAACCUCUACAAGACUAGAUCUUUUAUCAUGUUUCCAGUUUCUCAAAAUUUUAGCGGGGGAGACACCAGAAAACAUAUUCAAUACAAAACACAUAUUACUCUCCCUUAAUAUGUGCAAACAAAUCAAUUCAAUGCAAAAAUAUUUUAUUUUUGAACUGAUCCAUGCACUUUCCAAGCAAGAUCUUGACUCCUUUUUACCACAGAACAACGAACUAAUCACGCAAUAUCAGAUUUAUCAAACAGCUGCAACAAAAUUUUGGGAUUAUAUGAUUCGAGGGAAACUAAAGCAAGGAAUGAACACAUUGAUAGAGCUGAAUAAAUGUUUCAUCAAUUUCACGCUCAAUUUUCAAUCAUAUCAUUACUUUUUCUCAAAUAAUGACAUGAUCAAGCAAUUGAAGUCAAAUUUCAUAGACAAUGUCACACUUUUACAGAAGAAUGACACUUUUCAGACGGUCGGAUUCAAAGCAACGACUUUACACUACAGAUAUGCCGCAUUUAUACAGCAAUCACCGGAUAGAAUUGUUAGGAAGUUCUUUGGAGACGAGGAAAUAGAAGAUUACGUGGCGAAACAAGCUGUAAGAGAAAUAAAUUUUAAAUCUAAUAUAAGAAUGCACGUAAAGAAGCCUUUGACGAAGAAAUCGAAGUUCAUAUUCUCUCUAGAUAUACUUGUAUACCUUGUUUUCCUCGGAACUUGUAUCUACUACCCGAUUUCGAUCAAAACUAAAACAAAGUACAUGAAUUCCUUCAUAGAUAUCGCUCUGAACAUCGCUAAUAUAUCAGAAGCGUGGCAGGAUUUCUCGAUAACUAUGGGUUAUUCGACAAAUCAAACUUUAUACGACUUAUUAAGUUUGGAAUCGAUGAUUCAAGUAGUUACCAACAAUAAAACAACCAUCACGUCCAUAGAAACCUUACUACGACGCCUAAAUACAACAAUUGAAAGCGUUGUGAUAAAUAUGAGGAAAUUUUUGAUCCAGAAUAGCUAUUUUUCAACGGAUCCUUCACUUUCAAGCAUCAGAGACCUGAUAAAUGACAACAUUAUCGAUUAUCAGUCAGUAGAAGAUAAUAAAACCGAAUUUUCCAACGUUUCGGCCAAAUCCAUGACGAUGUACUACUCCUUGUUGGCUACAGAGAAUAUCCCUCUAUCGAACUAUGACGAUCCAAGUAAUUCGACGCUCGUGGAAGAAUUCAAAAAUAGAGCAAUUUCUUUUUCAGUGAUCACAUUGAAAAUUUUGAAUGCCUUCAGAAAAUGUUUGGAUUAUCUUGACAGCUACAGUUCUGACACAAUAGGACCUUCCAGUAUAUCAAGUACAAACACACGGAACUGUAUUUUCAUUCUGUUCAUCACUUUGAUGCUUGAUCCCUUCGUUGUUUAUUGGUUUAGAUAUUCUUCACUGAAAGAAGUGUCAGAAGCAUGUGAAAAGUACUUCAGACCAAAGGUCUUCGAAGAAGGAUGCGAAAUAGAAGAGUUUUCCAAUGAAGUAGAAGAGUUUUCCCUCUCAUCUUUGAUAAGAAAGAUUUCUUGGUCGGUAGGAGUAAUGAUUGUCUAUUGCGUUGGCAUGACUAUCUGCUGGGAACUCAUAUUCGACUACUAUUACGAAGCUUUCGCCAUCCACAAUACGAUUAUUGGAAUCCAAAGGAUGCAAUUACAGGCAGCGAUCACUUUAUCCAGUGUGGGACUUGCAUGGAAGAAGGAUGUCAAUACUUGCAGGCAGUCAAUUCAAGAAGCAAUACAGUAUUUCGAUGAUAUCCAGAAUUAUUGUACACAAUUCAAUAGAACGUACAUCAAUGCACCACAGAUAUACAAUGCAACACAUACCAUCUUCAAAGGGCCCAAAGAAAACAUUUCUUUCCAUGAUUAUUACAAUACAGGUUCUCUUGGAGCUCUACAUAGAAUUAUUGCUUACAUAACUCACCACAUAUCAAUGAAUAUAUCGACUCUGGUGUCAGACCCUGCAAAAAACGCUGUCCAUAUAUAUUUCCAACGUACAUACACGAAAUCCUUGAUUAUUUGGGCAUAUUUGUAUGAUAGAAUGAAUGAGAAACUCGUACAGAUGGAUUGCAUCUGCAAUUUCGCCAUAUUUUCCUUCGUUGUUGCAAUUUUAAUUUUGCCAUUUGUCUUUUGGAGCAGAUAUGUAAAGACAGACUCACUUAAAAUGCAACUAGGACGUCUGAUAUUAGAUCUUGACCCCAUAUUCAUAACCAAAAACCAAUGUUUGGUCGAAUAUAUAAUUGGAUCUAAGACAGGAGUCCUUCCAUGGGAGAACGGGUCCCCAAUCUUUGAUAUCCUGAACUCAACGAACACUCCGUUCAUCAUUAUCAACGACCACAACUCUAUUUUGGCCUUUUCUCGCUGUAUUUCGGAAAUGUUCUCAUACCAACCUGAACAGUUGAUCGGCCAACAUUACACAAUGCUGUUCAUGUCCAAAGGGGAACCACCGUCCAAGGCCCAUGAGUUCUUUUUCUCCAGAAUUUCGGACUUAUUGACUAUGUCCAGCGGUUGUACGUCAAAGAUAAUAAACGGUGUGACUUCCGAAGGUGUCUACAUCAAGUUGGAUAUACACGCCUGUGUUUUCGUUUACGAUGACAUGAAAUAUGUUUUAUUCCACUUAGAAAACAUGGGCGCGAUCUCUGAUUUUGAGGAAGCGACGACCAUCUGCCAACAGAAGAUCAUUGAGAUGUACGAAUCGUCCAUUCCGUUGAGGCUUUUCCCUCCAUCCGAAGAUGGCGGAAGAAUAUUGUCAAGAAAGUUCUUCGGAGGUACAAUUGUGUACUGCGCUUUGGAUGGUACUGACAUCGUACGAAGCCAAACUGAUCAGGAUGUUGGAGUUUUGGAGAAAAUUUCUCCAUUGUUUUGCGGAAAUGACGAUGCAAUCAUUUUAUCAAGCACAGGAUCGUAUACAUUGAUUGUAUAUGGCAACUCUGAUAAUACAAAGAUGCACAGAGUAAGAGCUCUCAAAUUUAUCAAAGAAUUCUUGGAAGGUUGCAGCAAAGGAUGCACACAGGUAUCCGUCAUGUUGGAUAUAGAUGGAUGCUUCGAAGUCGUGCAGAGUUUGCCACCUCCAGCCCCGAAACAGUACGAUGGAAAGGAAAUUCCGGCAAAAGAGUCGAAUCAGUUCAGUCCUUGGAUGACAACCGACCCGUUCAUCACUAAAAUGAGCGAAUUCGGAUCAAUGUUGUCGGUUUUGAGGCCAAAUAUUGUUAUUAUGCAACAAUAUCUCUCUGAACCACUUGAAAAACACUGCAAGAUCAUGCCUGUUACACUUGUCAACACUGUUGAGAGGUUCGUAGGCAUUGCAAUUGACGAAUUACCUGAUCCUUAUGUUAUGAUGGAGGAAGUUGGUUUAGAAGCACCACUCCUCAAAUGA